AUGACACCCUCACCAACAACGAUCACAAAUGUUUCAGCUGAAAAGCCAUCAGCAGCACCGUCGACUGCACAAACAACGAUGACGCAAUCAAAAACCGCAAAUUUAUCCGCGAGUUUAACAACAACAGUGUCGACGACAAAUCAAACAACAACGAAAUCAUCACCAACAACAAUCACAAAUAUGCCAGCUGAAACAACAAAAAUAACAGCAUCGACAGUACAACCAACAACAAUACCAUCAAUUACAACCACGACCCAAUCAAUUACAACAGCAACAUAUUUUACAAACGGUACAACAAUAACCGCAGCGUCUACACCGUCUGCACCGACUCCCUCGCCAUUGACACCAGAAACAACCACAACAACAUCACAAACAACUACGACUCCAUCAGAAACAGCCACCCCCUCGACACCAGAAACAACCACUUCAUCGACAACAGACACAACUACGACACCAACAAUAACACCAACCACAUAUUUCGCAGAUAGUACAACACUAACUGAUGCAACUACACCGAAAAUAAGCACGCCAUCGACACCAGAAAUAACCACUACAACAUCACAAACAACCACGACACCAUUGCAAACAUCAACUACAUCAACAACAGAAACAACUACGACACCAACACUUUUACCAACCACAAAUUUAGCAGAUAGUACAACACUAACUGAUGCAACUACACCGGAGAUAACCACAUUAUCGACAACAAAAACAACCACGACCCCAUUUAUGACAACCACCAUAACACAACAAACAACCCCGACAACAUCGUAUACAACUGAAAUAAUAUCAACAUCGAAAACAACAUUCAAAAUUACAACAACGUCAUCACAACCGACGUACAGUUCAGAAAUAACAUCGACAUCGACGUUAGAAACCUCGGAAACGCCAAACAUAAUCGUAUCGGAAGCAACAACAAUAACAAUGGUGGAAACAUCUGACACAUCAAUGUCAUCGGCAUCUUCAUCAUCGUACACCACAAUAACUGCGAUAGAUUGUGGACUUGUUGAAUCAAUACCGAACGGACAAAUUGAUCUGAAUGAUCCAUCCAACAUGACAUAUGGUGCCGCAGCUAACGUCACAUGUGAAUCUGGAUUUGACGCUCGUAUAGAUCAAGUGACCUGUUUAAGUAAUGGAUCAUGGUCAGAAGCAACGUGCACACCUAAAGGUAGACUUAAUUUGCGUUAA